CGACGCGCAACAUGGCGACGCACGCGCAGCAGCUCGCGAAUUGCGCGGGCCUUCGCGCCCCCGCGCGCUCGCGCAGGACCACCAAGUCCGUUCGGGCCCCGGUUCGCGCGCAGGCGUUCCCUCAGGGCGGCUCGAACGGCGACGGCGGCAGCAACGCGUCGCACUCCUGGUCGCCCCAUCGCAAGCAGCUGGUGGAGGCGCUCACCGCGGGCAGCGGGUUGGCCCGCGCCCCUUCCGUGUGGUACGUGGAUAAGGACGACGACACGCUUCGCAUGCCCGCGAGCUUGUUGGCCGAUGCCCCGUCCGCCGCGAGCACGUCCGCGCCCGAGGGAUCGACGAGGAACGACGGUCUGCCGGUCGUGCGCGUCAACGCCAGGCAGGUUGGCGUCUCGCACCGCGCCAUCGCGCACGGCGACAGCGCGGACGCGUCGUCGCUCAGAGGAGAGCUGGAGAGGCACAUCAAGGGCGGCGGCGCCACCGUGCUGGUGAUGCCCAUCGUGGACCCGCUCAUAAUGGACGUCGGGGGCCCGGGCGCCAUGCGCGAGACCAUGGACGAGGGGGACGAGGUGAUCUUCGGCGCCAAUCACGGGGGAAACAGCUUAUCCGAAUCUUCAUCCGGCGCCGGCGUCGCGAGGUCUCUCGACUUUGACGAGACCUUUCCCGAGGCUGGCUCGUUCAUGGGCACCAGGAGGGUGCUCGUGGAGGGCACCGUGUGCAAGUGCGACCCGAACGACCCGGGCGAUUGCUGCGCCCGCGGGCUGAGCACCUACUGCGUGUCGUGCCCGGUGCUGCAAGAUGCGAAUGCUACGGGGACGUUUGACGAGGGGUGCGACGGGUUGGGCGUCUCGCUGGUCAACGGCGCGAUGGCCAGCAUGGACGGCGGAUGCGAGGGUCUGGAGGGUGGCAACGUGGGCGCGAUGCGAUGCGGCGGGCACGGCGUGGGCGAUUGCGCCUUUGCCCGAGCCAUAAGGACGGCGGCUGAAACGCACGUGCACAGGCACCAGUACUACGCGGCCAUCGUGCAGACGAGCCACCGAGCCGGGGUCGAGUUUGGGCAGUUCACGACGUCGGACGAGGACGAGUUCGUGGACCCGGUGAGCGGGGUUGGGUACGAGGAGUUUCUGGUGUUCAGGCCCAACGGGGACGCGUGGCUGGGGGGCCUGGCUCCGCCGCCCACCAGCGUGCGCCGAGCCAACUUUGGGCCCAAGUUGAGGAGCGAGCUCAAGAAGCUGGCGGUGCAGCAGACGUUCAACUUUUAACACUUAUUAGCGGUAACACUACAUUAACACUACGCACAAUAUUAAUUCUC